AUGAUCGAGACGGCUCGUGUACUCUUCUCCACUGAGGGAGCACUGAUCGAAGUUACAAUACCUCUUAUUGUGGUCGGGCUGAUUGUUUUUUCAGGCCAGGCAAUGCGUCUGUGGAAGGAAUUCAACGAUUUAUUCUCGAUUUUACCAUUCAGUGCCGUUAUCAAGGGCAAAAUACUUUGCAUGCAUGGAGGCUUGAGCCCACAUCUCGAGAGUCUCGAUGAUAUUCGCAAUGUAAUGCAUUUUUUAAAAAACGGCGAGUUUCUGAAAAAACUGCGGCUCAUUGCGCCGGGGAUUCUUAAGAAGUUCCUCAGGGAUUGA